CACAAGCGUUUAGUACCUCUCUAUUCUUGUGUGUAUUUUGCCUUUGUUCUGUGCCGUACGCCUCCCAGGAUACCUAUCCGCUGUAGGCCUUCUCUGCUUUCUUUUACCGUGGAUUUGCUUUCGCCCGAAAAUUUCAACUGAUUACUGGGGAAAUCUGCUGAAAACGUUCUGUUGAUCACCGCACCGAACGUCUGAAAUCACACAGCCAUGACGAAGCACCACGAUGCAAGCGAGGAUCCUGAUCCCUCUGAAUAUCUUUUCGUUUCCUUGGAACAGAAACGAAAAGAUCAGACAAAGCCGUACGAUGGCAAGAAGAUGGUUUGGGUUCCAGAUGAGAAAGAAGGAUUUGUGCUCGGAAAUAUCAUUUCCACUAAGGGUGACAUGUGCACAGUUGACGUUAAUGCAAAUGAGCGAACACUGAAAAAAGAACAGCUUCAACAAGUGAACCCACCGAAGUUUGAAAAAUGUGACGAUGUUUCUUCGUUGACAUAUUUGAACGAAGCAAGCGUCUUGCACAACCUUAGAGAUCGAAACAAGUGAAAAAAGAUCAACUCCAACAAGUGAAUCCUCCCAAAUAUGAAAAAACUGAAGAUAUGUCGAACCUUACGUAUCUAAAUGACCCCAGUGUACUUUACAAUUUAAAAGAGCGAUAUUAUGCCAAACUCAUC